AGAGGAGGGAGGUGGAAAAGAAGCAAAGGAAACUCCAUCAGGCGGGGGACCGCGCACUAAGCAACAUGAGACGGAGGGCAUACGACUCCUUCCUAGUCACAUCGGGGGCCAAGGAGCACGACCUCCUAUCCAAGGACGAGCUCAACUUCCUCCAAGCUGCCGAGAUCGGCGACCUCCCCACCGUCAAGCAGAUGCUGGAGAACGACGACCUCGCGCCCAAGUUGCUCAGGUGUACGGAUUACAAGGAUAGAACAGCUCUGGAGGUUUCAACGGAAAAUGAACAUCUUGAGAUUGUGGAAUUCCUGGUCCAGAAAGGAGGCCGAAAGCUCGACAUCCAAGCCAUCCAAGAAUCUCUUAUGUUGGCCAUCAGCAAGGGGUACCUACGGAUCACACAAGCCUUGUUGAACCAUCCCGUCCACCAGCGAAGCAAGGAUAAGUUCAGACUAGGAAGUCUUACCAACUACUACCAAAGAAAGAAUAAUAGCAAGUUUGAGCAGGACGUCACUCCUCUGAUGCUAGCGGCCCACUGCAACGAAAUCGACAUCAUCAGGUUGCUUCUCAACCGCGGCGACACCAUCAAGAAGCCCCACAACUCCCUCUGUCAAUGCACCUACUGCAGCAACAAGAAACAGUUCGACCCGUUGAAACACUCCCUGGCUGGGUUCAACACCUACCGUGCCCUGGCCAGUCCGGCGUUCAUAGCACUCACCAGCCCGGAUCCCAUCCUCACCGCCUUCCUGCUGAGUCAAGAACUCGCAUCCAACGCCCGGAUUGAGAAAGAAUUCAAGAAUGAAUAUCGAGACCUUGCCCGACAAUGCAAGGAGUUUGCCUCGGAUCUUCUCGACAUGUGUCAAAAUUCAGAGGAGGUACGGACCAUCCUGAACAACGAGGCAACAACCCUGGACGAGUCUGAACAUGGAAGAGGAAACAACUGGUUGAAAUCCGAGGUCGGGGAUGAGGCUUCUUCACGAGCUCCAACCCUAUCCCGGCUAAAACUGGCAAUAAAACUCCGACAGAAACAGUUCGUAGCGCAUUCUCACUGUCAGCACGAGCUAGCUACACUGUGGUAUCGUAAUUUUCCCAGCUGGCGAUUGAUGAGCUUGCCCAAGAAGGUUUUUGUCAAUGUCCUGAUUGUUCUCGGACUACCGUUCUUUACCCUGUGUUACUAUCUGGCUCCAUAUAGCAAGCUUGGCCAGUUCGUAAGCAGUCCGCUUGUCAAGUUCAUCCUGUAUUCCGCCUCCUAUUUCGUCUUCCUCCUCGUCAUCUUCAUCGAAUCCCUCUACGCCCAAACCUACACCAACUGGUACCAUGACCAGAAGGAAAAGAGACUAACCUCUCUCUUGCGAGAGCGACUCAACACAACCACCAAUACGUGUCUCUCAAUCUUCCCCGGUUUGGAAAAAGAGGAUUACAUUAUUCAGCUUCGUUUCUUCGAGCUCACGCCCCUAGAAAUUGUUAUACUGAUAUUCCUCAUGGGGUUUCUAUGGGGUGAGAUCAAGCAGCUAUGGGCUGAGGGUCUUCGCGCUUACUUGGCAUCGAUAUGGAACUGGAUCGAUAUCGCCAUGUUGAAUCUCUACCUGGCGUCAUGCACACUCAAUAUACUUAGUGUGACCAGGGCCCGUCGGGCCAUAGAUUUCUUCAUGACCAAUGUCAAUGCGCCUUGUUUGUAUAAGCACGGUGACGACUCGGUAGCACAAGCGCAUUUCUAUUUCUUGCAACGAGAACGUUCAAUGUGGCACAACGAUGAUCCCGUCUUUGUCUCAGAAGCCCUGUACGCCCUGGCCAACGUGCUCAGUUUCUCACGCCUCUCCUACAUCUUACCGGUCAGCGAGUUCCUCGGUCCACUCCAGAUCUCCUUGGGUCGGAUGCUGGGCGACAUCCUCCGCUUCGCCGUCGUCUUCAUCGUCGUCUUCCUGGCGUUUUUCUGCUCCAUGUUCAAUCUAUAUUACUCUUACGAAGAUUCAAAGUUCGGCAAUUUUGGUCAGGCGUUCCUGACCCUGUUUUGGGCACUGUUUGGCCUUGGCAACCCUGCAGACCCCAGGCUCCACCACAACAGCACCAGCAACGCCACGGUGUCGAUGACGGCGGGCGGUAAGGGCGGGUACCUGAUCACCGAGUCGUUUGGGACCAUGCUCUACAUGAUCUACUACGUGGUCAUGGGUCUUGUCAUGCUGAACAUGCUGAUCGCCAUGAUGAGCAAUUCCUUUCAAGAGAUCAAUAGUGAACAAGACGUAGAAUGGAAAUUCGCUCGGGCUCAGCUCUGGAUGUCUUACUUUGAGAAGGGCGCCACCAUCCCUGUUCCUUUCAACAUUAUCCCAUCACCUAAAUCAUUCUAUCAUCUUUACAAGUGGGUGGUAAAACAGUUGGUGAGGUGUAGACGAGGCCCUCCAUCCAGGGACAGUAACCAAGUACCAUUAGGAGAACGGAGAAAUGGUGUUUUCAAUAUCUUGAAUAGACUAGAACUACGGCGAGAUGAAAGCACACACGAGAGUAUUACCAAAGGCAUAAUCAAAAGAUAUCUCUUCAAAUUACAGAGGGAUAAAGAAAAUGAUGAAGUGAAUGAAGGAGAACUGGAUGAAAUCAAGAAUGACAUAUCAAGUCUUCGAUUUGAGCUCAUGGAGCAGCUACGGGCCCCGAAGACGCCCAGUGCGCCACUAGCUCCCUCCAGUGCUCCAGCAUUUACCUUCUCAUUUCCGAGUGCGACGACUGGUUCAUCGUCCACAAAAGGUACAGACAUUAGCCAUGAGCUUAAUGCUCUCAAGGCAAAGGUGACAGAACUGACUAAACACAUAGAGACCCUUACCAAUGCCACAUUAUCACAGCAAGUAGUUGCUUACAACAGUAGUACCAGAGGUAGUCAUGAUAGGAUAGGCCAUACAGAUCUUGGUACGCGUUGUGGCAGCGCAAAUAGCUUGAGGACAUUGGAUAGCGAUUGCAGUAGGUUUGAGUACGACCUCCAAGGCAGACGGAACUCAUCUCCAAGAGUGUUAGAUAUUGGGGACAUCCCGUUGAGCUAUGAUGACAGUGAGCGUCAGCAGGAUGUGAUUGUCAGACGUCGGAAUCGAUCAGGACGAAGAACAAGUGCCGAUAGUGGUGACACACGGCGCGAAUCGUUGCAAAGGGCGUACGAUGUGACCGACAUUGUUGGGUAUGGAGAUCAUGACAAGCAACAUAACAAUAACAACCCAAGACAAGGUUAUGGUGGCAGAGGGGUAGGUCACACAAGCGACAAUAGACGACAAUCAAAACCAGCACAGAGUGGCAGGAGUGGGAUGUCACAUGAACCUGAUAAAAGAAGCAUAUCCAGGACACUAAGCCGUGGUAGCAUCCAUGUAGGUUUCGACCUUGAGACACGCCAUGACCCCAUCUUGCGCGUUGUUGAUGAAGACGCGACAAGGAUGGACUUUGAACCUGACAUGUCUUCAUCCCACAAUGUGAUCCACACAGCACCUGACAUGUCAGGGGGCAGCCAAUCAAGGGACUUUGAGAGCAGCAAAGAGGUUGGUGUAUCUUAUGACUUUGAUGAACACCAUGCUGAUGGAGGAUUAAGAAGUGGUGUGAGGAAUGGAAACACAAGGGCUCGUUACACACAAGAACAAGACACCCUCGGUGUGCCAACAGGACAUUAUAACAUUGCAUUCUCUUUAGAUGCCUGAAACAAGAAUUCUACUUAGCUAACACUGACUUUUAAGCCCUGUAUCGAUUCCACGGAACUGCUCAUUUCAUAGUUAUCUGGCUUGAAGUGUGGUGACAUAGUGGUUCCUUUGCACAACUCCUAGAUCAAGGGUUUAGGAAGCUAGUCUAUUAAAGCUGGGGUUAUUUCAUCGACCAACUCCACAACCCUUACGAUACAUGGCAAUAUUGAUAAAGCAAAUUGCCUCUGUCUGCAGGAAUGACAAAUUUUAGUAUGUCAGUUUUUUGUACUCCAGAUGAUUUUAUUUUUUAUUACAGGCUGAAAAUGAAAUGGAAUUUGUAAACAAUAUUGUUUAUUAUUGUAAGGCCAAGGAAAUGGAAGUGACAUUCUUAAGACAGUAAUGUACUGCA